AGAUUUUUAAGGGAGAGGAAAAGAGGGCUGUUGUUUCUUCAUACGUUUCGUUCCUCCAAUGCUAAUUCGCACAGAACACACAAAUUACCAAAAAUUUCCUUCAUCGCGAACAAAAACCCUAAUUGCCUCCUUCUGAUUCCAUAAAUUUCCAUCUCUCUCUUUCGCUCGCUCGCUCUUCCUUGUAUCACGUUUCCAGUAUCUCUACCUCGUGUGGGUAGAAAUCCAUUGGUUUCGAUUGCAUCUCCCUGUUUCCUGCGAUUAAACGAACAAUCUCCUUUCCGAAUUAGGGUUUUGGUGUCCUCUCUCUCUCGCCCUCUCUACAUCCUUGUUGUAUCGGGUUAGGGAUAAUUUUGGCUGAUUUUUUUUAUUUUAUUUUUAGAUUGUCCUGAUAAUUAGAGAGGCAUAUGCGUAGGUGCUAGGGUUUCUAUCACUUGGAAGGCAUUGAACCGGCUUAAAGGUGGUUGCGAUGAGAGUGUUGUUCUAAUAGAUUGAUACUGAGUUUAAGAAGCCGAGAGGGAUUUGGAUUCAUAGUUGGAUGCUAGGAUAGGUGGAAGAAAAAAAAUUAAAAGAUAUUGUUAUUUGUGUGGUUGGUUGGUUGGUUGGUUGGGUGAAGAAGGUUUAGUGUGUAUCUGUCUGUCUUUUUUAUCUGAUGAGGUACGGCUUUCAUAAUGGACAAAGGUGAACCCUCUUUAGUUCCGGAAUGGUUGAGAAGUUCAGGGCAUGCUUCUGGUGGUGGGAGUUCAAACCACCUCCUUAUAUCAUCUUCUUCUCACUCAGAUUCUGCAUCUUUACCACAUAAUAGUCGGAAUAAGAACUCUAGGAGCAAAAGCGAUGUUGAUUCAGUUCAUUCUCCUUUUCUGGAUCGAUCUUCUUCUACUAAUUCGAGGAGGGGCUCUAGUAAUGGGUCUUCUAAGCAUCCCUAUAGUAGUUUCAACUUCAAUAGGAGUCAACGGGAUAAGGAUCGCAGCAGGGACAAGGAUAGGGUAAGCUAUGUGGAUCCAUGGGACCUUGACACUUCUAUCCCUCUCAGAAAUAUCUUAACUGGUAGGGAUCAGGACCAAUUGCGACGAUCACAUUCAAUGGUAACAAGGAAACAGGCCGACCACUUGUCUCGAGGUCUUUCAGUGGGCUUGAAAAAUGGUGGUGGUAGUAGUAGUAGUUACAACGGGAAUGGUAUACUUCACGGACCUAGCUUUUUGAGGACUGGUUUUGAUAAGGAUUUUCCUUCGCUUGGAACUGAAGAGAAACAUGGCGGGCAAGACCUUGUACGGGUCUCUUCUCCUGGUCUAGGCUCAGCUGUUCAGAGCUUGCCAGUUGGUAACUCUGCUUUGAUUGGUGGGGAAGGUUGGACAUCGGCUCUGGCAGAGGUUCCCAAUGUCAUCGAGAAGGCUUGUGCUGCGCCGUUAACUUCUCCGAAAGCCAAUGUUGUUUGCAUAGGAUCUUCAACUGGUCUUAACAUGGCUGAAGCAUUGGCGCAGGCUCCAGCAAGAACUCUUACCCCUCCACAAGGGUCUGGGAAGACGCAAAGAUUUGAGGACUUGGCAAUCAAGCAGUCGAGACAGUUGAUUCCGGUUGUGCCGUCAGCACCAAAGAGCUCGAUUCUUAACUCUUCUGAUAAAUCCAAGACAAAGCAAAUGGUUCGAGCUGGUGAAACAUGUCUUGCUCCCUCAAGAAACUCCCAACAGCACCCCUCUGUCCUGCUUGGAAAUGUUCAGUCUAAUCCUACUGGUCAAAUUAAAUCAGAGAAGAAGCUGUUGAUUCUCAAACCUGCUAGGGAAACUGGUGUCGCUGCUGUUAAAGAAUCUGGAAGUCCUAGUAGUAAUCCAAACAGCAGACCCAACUCUAGCCAGCUAAUGAAUACUGCUCAAACACCACAAUCUACUACUGUGAGAAGUACAAACAACAGCCCAAGGGAGCACAAGGGAAUUACUUCCUUCACCAUGACAUCUGGACAAACCGUUGAAAAGAAACCUUACUUCGCUCAAACUCAGAGCAGGCAUGCAUUUUUCAGUGCUCUGAAGCAGAAAACUAUAUCAACAAACAUCUCUACCGAUCCUGUUAACCCUUCAACUACUUGCGUCUCUUCUUCCGUGGAGGAAAAAGUCAACUCGGCAAAGGAGCUUGUAGCUAGUGACUCGUCGAGUUCGCAGGUUACACGUGGUCUUGAAGUCACUCAAAGGAAUACUAUUGGUUUUGAGGCAGCAGACACUCCAGAUGAGGAAGAAGCCGAGUUUCUCAGAUCGCUUGGCUGGGAUGAAAACAAUGGCGAAGUAGAAGCUCUUACAGAGGAGGAGAUAAAAGCUUUUAAUGAACAGUACAAUAAGCUCAGGCCGUCACUUCCGCAGAAACUGUCCAUCAUACAAGAGCAAGAGAGUGUAACCUAGGACCUUCGAAACCAACCUUAAAAACUGAAGAAAUUACUGGUUUUUUACUCCAUGGAACAUAGUUUCUAAUUUCUUUCUUUUUUUCUUGAAAAAAACUGGCUACUACUUUUGGCAAUAGAAGGGAGAAAAGCAGAAGGGGUUUUUGGGUUUUGUUUGAUGGUUCUUAAAGAUUGUGCUAAGAAGCUUAUCAUGAGGGCCACGAGGCUUGAGUGUGCGAUAAAAGUGUCCUUCCCUCUUCAGACUUUGUAGAUCUUUGGUCUGGAAAAAAUGUCUCAGCUCUCGCACAUAA